AGGCUGGAUUUUCAAGGAUUCAAUAUCGUUCUCGUUGCACCUAGGUAGGGACGACCUAACCAACAGACUAUCAAAUGCAGUCGUUAGCCGAGCGGAUACCCGUUGAAAAAUCUCUCAAGCCGAGAAAGAGCGUUGAGAAACCUUUGCGAAUGUCCUGUUGCGGCGCCUGAGCUACGCCGUAGACGUGGUCCUAAAACCACCACGACUGGCCGAUCCAACCAUAUUUCGCUAAUCCGCAUCAGGAGCGUCGAUUUUUCGCUCAUCCAGAGCGGCGCGGCGGCGAGUGUCCGAGUCCUCGGAGUGUGCGUGGUUACGAUCCGGCAACCCGUUGCGUACUACGCGUACGUGUUUGUCUGAAUGACUAAAAUAAAACCGUGCAAAGUCCAAGACGAGGUUGAAACACGCGGUCAAAACAAGCUCUUCGCGGGGAUAGAGGAACAGAGAGAGAAAGACGGAGGAGGGGUUAUCAUAUCGUCCGUCGGCAAUUCUCUCUCCUCAGGACUCUCCAGACCUCUGCCGGGAUAAUAAUAAGUAUCCGCUGUACGGAGUUUCUGUUGUAUAUCCCGGUAGUCGGUGUAAUAAAGAGUGUACCGAAAAGAAGGGUAAACGCGGAUGUGUCCCAGCGACGAUUCGUGUUCGCAAGUCUAAUACGCGAAAGUAAUCACAGUGCCUGAGAAGAAUUAGAGUAAAGUAAAGUUGAAAGAAGCAACGCGAUAAAGAAAACAAGGAUUAAACUCGAUACCGAUCAUCUCGGGCUGAGUGUAACUUGCGUGACGAUACGAGAAGAAAAAAAGGGAAGAGAUAGAAACCUUGGAGAGACAUGUUGCCGCCCGCAGCAAUGCACCUGGAGCAAAGGAUGAACGGGGAUAGGGGUCUGCAACAUCACUUGGAUCACCAUCGAACCCAGACAACGCCGACCAGGGACCCCCGUUUCCCUCACCGAGCGGCCGUCCUGUCGCCAGCAAGGGAACGUUUUCCGUCAUCGAGCAGCACAGACGACGACCAAAGCGGGUCGGACGUCGAACAUGAAUCCGCGGGAAUGCGAAACGGCAAAGCCCACUCGGGGAUGCUCCAUUCCGGAACUCAUUCCGUGCGCAAACGCCGUGGUAACCUACCUAAACACUCCGUAAAGAUACUCAAGAGAUGGCUUUACGAGCACAGGUACAACGCGUAUCCGAGCGACAGCGAGAAACUCACCCUCAGCCAAGAAGCGAACCUAACGGUACUUCAGGUUUGCAAUUGGUUUAUCAACGCGAGGAGACGUAUUCUACCUGAGAUGAUCAGGCGGGAAGGUCACGAUCCUCUACAGUAUACGAUAUCUCGCCGGGGGAAAAAAAUGGCUGGUGGAAGUCAUCAACAGGCCUCGAGUCUUAGUCCACGCGCAAAUCAAACAUGGGAUCCGCUGGCUGGGAUGAGCGCACCCAAAAGAAGCAGGGAUCACGAUUACGAUGAUGCCGCCGGGCUCAUGUAUAGGAGUGAGGAAGACAGUCCAAACGAUUACGAAAGCAGUUCACACAGCGAGGAAGAGCGUCCUACGACUCAGUGGCCUAGCGUGAUCGUCUACCCGUAUUCCGAAACCAAAGUCGAGCACAAUAAUCAACUGACCUAUGGAAAUCCGAUUACUCACCCUGCCCGUAGAGGGGACGACCACGUCACUACCGUAAGUGAAGCUGCCUAUUGGAGUGCUCCCAGACAGCAUUUGACGACAACGCCAGACGUGCAGCACGAAACAGAAGUAUACAGUACUCACAGCCCGCACAAUGACGAAACUCCACCUCCGACACCCCCCGAAGAGGAUAAGGACAAGUUCAAGUGCCUGUAUUUGUUAGUGGAGGCGGCUGUUGCUGUACAACAGCAAGAAAAGGAGCGUGAAGGAACUGUAGUUUAACGUUAUUAUACUGGGUGCACUACUGCGUUGCAGGGACAUAAUAUGGCGCACGUCGGAGUGGCAGUCAUAGAGUGAUGUUGUUUUUUCAAUACCUUGAGAUUCAGUGCGCCGUUUAGUGAUUGAAACUGAAAAAUAGCAUACAACAAGAAAUCUAAAACGCGUUUAGGCUGUUCAUACGGUUACUUAUAGCCGUUUAGGGAAACUACACGAAUGUUUUACAUGAUUGACUUAUGAUUUCCUCAAAAAUACUGUUAUAUCUUCGAAGAAGUCAAACCCUAAAGACUUACAAUGAAGGAUACAACCUUUGCGGCUUGGUUUGCAAACCAAUUGAAAUAAUAUGAUACUUCCUGUCGUAUGGUUCAGAAAUAUCAAUGAAGUAAUGAUUAUUGAUAAAAAUGAAUGAACUCUGAUAGGUUGAUUUUUUCCUGAUAAUUUUUUCGUGCAAUCACAAACAAUGAAGACCUGCCAGAAAAAAUUUUCAAACUAUUUACUGGAAGGCAUUUAUUCUUGCUGCUCGUUAAUGAAGCUUUUGAACAAAUGCUGUGAAAUAAAACAAUUAGAAAAAGGUAGCUAUUUAUGUAAUUAUAAUACGACACGGUAAACCAAACAUAGAAUACGUGACAAAUCAACAGAAACAUAUCUACCAUUUCAGUGGAAAGAUAGUGAAGCAAUGACUUUUUGGUGUGCGGAAGGUAUGUGGCGAUAUUGCAAGGCUCUGCUGAUGCAGUUUCAAAAGUUUCGCUGUUUAUACGCGAGGUUUGCAUAAAAAAUUUUGAACACUGAAAAUUUUUUCUGCGCGCACAUGAAUUGUAACAAAUUUUGAGAUUAACAACAAAGUAGGUCUGAAGCUAAAGGCUUGUGUCUUUGUACGUUGUUGAUGACCACUCGAAGAUUGGAAAAUACUUUAUUUUCUUUCACUACAUCCAUAUACAACUAAAUGUUGACACGAAUUUUUUUUUAUACUGUUAGUGUCGUUGUUUCCCUUACUCAUGCUUUUUCUUCCAAAUAUUAUCUUGUAGGCCAUACCAUCGAUGAAAUUAGAUGCGUCAAAAUGGCGCUUGAAAAUAUCUUUGGAAGUUGCAUUUAUAACCGCCAAUUCCGAAUGGCUAUUGACGAGAACGAAGAAAUCGUUGAAAAAAACGAAAAAAAAGAAAACAAUAUGUUCUUAGAGGUAAAGUGAAAACAAGUCUCAGUUUUGAGUUCUUGAAAAAAAAUUAUUUGAUCUAGAUCUUCCUCAGGGGAACGAUAAUUUCAUUGACAUGUUGUAUUACGUUUCUCGCGUCGUUAAUUGUGUUUCGAAAAUUGUCAAUCGAAACAUGAUAUCAUAUAUUUUGAAAUAAUGCAUAUACACAUACGACGUAUGAUGUAUUCAUUAUACAUAUAACUGAAAUUAUCUGUUCACAUCGGCAAAAUGUGCAUUGAAAGCGAAAUACAUGUAAUGGAAUUACUUAGCAAUAAUAAUAUAUAUUUGGACAUUUGAUAUUCUUUACGAAUACGCGCGAAAAUGGUGGCAAUGUGAAUUGAUAAAUUUAUAAACGUAUGAAAUUUUUCGUAAUGCAGAAAGUGAUUCCUAAAUGUAACGAGGAAGAUAUGUAUACCGCAGUUAUUUAGUUUAUAAUUACGAGGAUGUUGAGUGAUUUUACUGACCACACGAGGUUAUUGGUUAUUUACUUAAUAAAACUGAUUGCUGAGU